AAUCAAAGCGCAGUAGGCGAGGCUCAUGCGCAGCGCUUCAUGGGUUCGUGACGUCACUGACAAAUCUAAAGAUGGCGGCGCUGUUAUUGAGACACGCGGCGCGGCGAUGCCUCCAGCCCCAGCUCCGGCCGGCCUUCUGCCUCAGAAACGCUGUUCCCAUGGGGACCACGGCCAAGCAGGAGAUGGACCGCUUCUGGGAUAAGAACACCCGCCUGGACCGCCCGCUGUCACCUCACAUCACUGUUUACAAAUGGUCUUUGCCUAUGUUCAUGUCCAUCACACACAGAGGCACCGGCGUCGCCAUGACUGCGGGGGUCUCAUUGUUCGGCCUGGCCGCCCUGGUUCUGCCCGGAGACUACGCCUCAUACCUGGAGCUCAUCAAGUCCCUCAGCCUGGGCCCGGCGCUCAUCUACUCCGCCAAGUUCGCCAUUGCGUUUCCAUUCAUGUACCACACGUGGAACGGCGUCCGACACCUGGCCUGGGACCUUGGCAAAGGCUUUAAGAUACCUGAAGUGUACCAGACGGGUUACGUCGUGCUGGGUCUCACCCUCCUGUCAGCCGCUGGCAUUGCCGCCCUGUGAUGCCGACAUGUUUAACGCUCUCAUACUGAACGCACAUAAUCCUGUCAUCUCGCACCAAGAAAACCUCCACCAUCCCCCUCCCCUCUGUGCCCUUUAAUGUCUAUAGGUCACGGUGAUCAGGAUCCUUUAUCCCGGGCAUCGCUCACACUGAGGCUAUUAAAGGGAAAUUUAAUUGGGGGGCUCGUCUGAUCAAGUAUCUGCCUCUAAGUCCCCUCUAUGGUCUGUCCAUGGUGGAUCCCUGGCGGAUACCAGUCCGUGCCUGUCCUCUGGACAGAUAAUGGAGCCUAUUGUCCCAGGUUAUUGUGGGAAGGGAAUUAAAAUUCCACAAUUCGUGUGGGAAAUGUGGAAAGGGCAAAUGUAACUGUGGAGGCGCAGAUACACUGACGAUGGGGAUCCCAGUAUUAGGGGGCGAUGUGUUUAAAGGGGACGUUCACCUUUCCUCUGCUUAAAACGGAUGUUCACCCUUUGGCCACCUGGUGACAGGUGUCUCCUUUACGACAUGUACAUCGCGGGGUGUCCGCUGGCGUACCUUACGCUUCACAGGUGGUCGGUAUGGAACAUCCCCUUUAAGCCCCCCAGUCCGUCUCUACCUAUCGAGAAGGGAAUAAUAAUACAUCUCCACUCAUCCUGGUAACUGUAACACAUGCCGUCCUCAUCCUCCGUUUUGUGUGGCGCCAUAUCACCCUCGUGAAGGAAAUCCAAAGG